GUGGGGCGGCUCUGCGCGGCUCGGCCCCGCCCCUCCCGCGGCGGAGCGCUGGCUGGCAGAAGGCGGCCGGGGGGAUGCCUCACAGAACUGAGCUGUAUCAUGAAGUUCCACCAACAUGCUGGCCCAUUGUAUAUUCUCCAGACUACAACAUCACAUUUAUGGGAUUGGAGAAGCUACAUCCGUUUGAUGCAGGGAAAUGGGGGAAAGUAAUCAAUUUCUUGAAAGGGAAGAAGUUGUUGCCUCCUUGGCCCUGCUCAUCUAGGAAAAAUUUCUACGUGAGCUGGGUGAAUUGGCAAGAAGAAAAACUAAUUGCAGAUGACUUGAUUGUACAAGCACGAGAAGCUACUGAAGAAGAUCUGUUGGUUGUCCACACAAGACGCUACCUGAAUAAAUUAAAGUGGUCAUUUGUAGUGGCUACAAUUACAGAAAUUCCACCAGUUCUCUUUCUUCCCAAUUUCCUUGUUCAGAGAAAGGUGCUGAAGCCUCUAAGAACCCAAACAGGAGGAACAAUAAUGGCAGGAAAGCUUGCCAUUGACAGAGGCUGGGCAAUCAAUGUGGGUGGUGGCUUCCAUCACUGUUCAAGUGAUAAAGGUGGAGGAUUUUGUGCAUAUGCUGAUAUCACACUGGCUAUUAAGUUUCUAUUUGAAAGAGUAGAAGGAGUGUCUAAGGCCACUAUCAUAGAUCUGGAUGCUCAUCAGGGGAAUGGCCAUGAGAGAGACUUCAUGGAUGAUCAUAGGGUGUAUAUUAUGGAUGUGUACAAUAGAUAUAUUUAUCCAGGGGAUGGAUUUGCUAAACGAGCCAUAAAGCGGAAGGUUGAAUUGGACUGGGGUACAGAGGACACAGAAUAUCUUCAGAAGGUACAGACACAUGUGGAAGGGGCAUUAAAUGAAUCGAGGCCAGACAUCAUCAUUUAUAACGCUGGAACUGAUAUCUUGGAUGGUGAUCCACUGGGAGGUCUUGCUAUUUCACCUCAGGGAAUUGUUAAAAGAGAUGAAGCGGUAUUCAGGGCUGCCAGAAGCCACAGAAUUCCUAUCUUGAUGGUGACAUCUGGAGGCUAUCAGAAGAGGACAGCACGGAUAAUUGCUGAUUCCAUUCUUAAUUUGCACAACCUGGGGCUUAUUGACAAGGAGCUAGCAACCAGUGAAGCUAAAAACCCCAAGGUAGAACUGAUGAUUAGAGAAUCUAUUUUAGAUUUAACUAACCUGUCAUUGCAGUAAGACAGUACUGUUUUAGAAAGAAAAUUCACUAAUUGUAUAGUGUUUAUAUAUAGGAACAAAAAGUCUCCCCAGCUCUGUCAGGGUUAAUAUAAUAUAACAUGAGAGAAAGAUUUAUUUGCCUAUAAAACAUUAACAAAGUAGAGAUACUAGCUAGUCCCAGAAUGAUGCAAGUGUCUAACUUGCUUCUGAAGCACUCUUGAGUAGCUAUGGUAUGAAAGGCAGCAGAUCUUUGAGAAUUAAUUUAGAGAUAUACUCAAGGGCAGUGUAUUUUUGUUUAUAAUAUAUCGUAUAACUAGCUUUAAUUGUUUCUCUAAUUUUUAUGGAAAGUCUACUGUGUUAUUGAAAGGGUUGUACGGGUAGGCUCUAAAGACUGUCCCAGGCCACUUAGUAAUGGUGCAGUUGUUUCAGUAGAUGGGAGGAGGGAAAUUUUAAGCCCAGAAUAGAACAAUUUGAAUGAGAGGGCUUCUCAAUAAUUGCAAGGACAAUAAAAAUGCAAAUUGAAUUGUUUUUGUGCUGUACCUAUAUUUUCUGGAUUUUGAUAGUACAUUUUGGAAAUGUACAUAAGUAGAUGAGAUAAAAACUAGCAGAGAAAGGAGCAGUAUUGAGAAAGAGAGGAACAGACGAGAGGUGUGAAGGGUAAUGUGACAGUUGUGACAAUGUGCAUGUAGUUUGAGCAGAAUUUUCCACAAUAUCCUAGUAACGCAAAUUGUGCACUUUGGCACAUUUUAUUGUAACAUUAGAGACCCAUGUUGAUCCAAACAGUUGUCAGAAAUAUAUCCUCCAUUCAAUAAUUCAUAAUACUUCUCUGUAUAUUUAUUAUUCCUGUAAUAAUAAUGAGGAUCGUGCAACAUUAUUUGGUAAAUGUUCUGCUCUAAGUUCAGCACCUCUGGUUAAUCUGACAUCAGCAGAUAAUUCAAAAUGUUAAAGAAUCACAAUCUCUCACAUUUAC